AUGGCCAAGCCACGGGGACCGAACAAAGCUCCUACCAAGAAAGACCUACUGGAACGCGUGAGACAGCUGGAAGCAAACCUUGAAGGCCAAGCUGGUCCAUCCGUGCCCAACGUGAAAUGGACUGACGCAAUGGUCAAGUGCAUCCUUGCGUGUCGCUUCGAAACGAACAAGAAUUACUUCAACGACAACAAGAGAAAGGCACAACUGAUGAUGACAGCGGUCGAGGUGCCAAAGUUGAAGAACAAGUUCCAAGCCGUCAAGUCGGAGUCGUCAAGUCGGAGUUCUCCACGCUUCGGUGGUCGAUGGACAACGAAUCUGGAAAUGCGACGGGAGCGACCGUUUGACCUACCAAUGUUUUGGGAAUCUCUCGUUGAGCACUUCGGGGAUAAGACGGGACUUGGCCUCCAUGAAUUUGGAACGAGUGAUCCGCCCUCUCCGGCGAAAUCAGUGGAUGACACUUCGACAGUUGAAGGACUUCAGGACGACGUGACCAACGUGGAUGACGCCUGA